GUAUUAAAAGCCUUUUGGGAAUGUUUACUGUUUUAGUGCAUAACUUUUAGUCAAUAGCCACUGCAUUGUUUGGAACAGCAGGCAACGCCAGAAGUAAAAAUGGCCGCGGGUUAUUCGAAUCACAUGCGAGCCAUUGGUUUUAUGGAAUACUAUGAAAAGAAAGGAGUUUCAUCCUGCUGAUACUCGCAGCACUUGUUGCUUUUGUUGCUGUUACGUCCUUUAAAAGCACGUCUUAUAAGCCAGCCAAGAAUACGGUGGGAUAGGAACCCAACAUCUCUCCCUCCAAACAUGAACAGCAACAGACUCCUUAAAGUGACAGACUCUUUAUUCAUCAGCAAUGCAAAGGCUGCUUGCAAGAAGAAUCUGCUACUGGAGGAAGGAGUAACCUGUUGUAUUAACGUCUCCAUGCAACAACCGUUCCCAGACUUAGACCUCCAUACCCUUCGGAUCCCUGUGCUUGACAACCCACUACAAAAUCUGUCUGAUCACUUUGACCAAUGUUCUGAUCUGAUUGAAAGCACAGUAAGCAGCGGCGGGAAAUGCCUUGUCUAUUGCAGACAUGGACGAAGUCGAUCGGCCACUAUCUGCAUUGCUUAUUUGAUGAAAUACAAAAAUCUUUCACUACAAGAGGCUUUCCAGGUGUUGAAAACAGGAAGACCGGGGAUAGAACCAAAUGAAGGGUUCUGGUCUCAGCUGGAACAAUAUGAAGAAUCACUGCAAAGGAGCCAGUGAGUUGAAGACAACGAUGACCUGAGAUUCCUGAGGAAUUAUCUUCAUUGUAAGACCUACGUGAACUAUCAAGAAUAUUGUGAGGAUUUUAGACCGGAGCAGCACAAUUGUUUAGACAUGAGAUUUCCAGCCUGUAGCCCUCUAGGUGUGGCUUUUGGAGAAUUCGCCAACAUUUUUUACGGAUCCGCACACACUCUAUUUUCUGCAGUUGGUGCAAUGUAGAUCCGUAAAAAAUGUUGCUGCUACUAAGGGGCCUGACCAGGUCAAGGGAAUGCCAGCACCACCAGUGCAGUAGAUUCAUCACAUUAAUUGAAGAUUUUGGAGAAUUCAGGCAGAAAUGGUUCAGUGACUAACAAUAAUUGCUAGCUGGGCUGCACACCUCCCCAGUCCAGUAAUUAUAUAGAACACUUAUUGAUACAGUCUGUAUGAGAGAUGCCACAUUCAAAAGCUACUUCUCAAGGUGACCAUAGAUGUAACAAUUACAAUCGUUCUUGUGACCAUUGGUCGUAGGAAAGAUUGUUUUUUUCAAUACACACAUGUAGAGCUGAAUCGUAUAGAUAUACAUAUAGAAACAAUAGAAUUCUACCUGUAGCUGACGAUUCAGCAUCAACAAUGGCCGAUGUUCUUUAAAGGCGCCCAAUCAAAAUUUUCCGUCCAGCCUGAUCGAGGAGCUGACCGAUAUCAAAGUCUUCUGCCGAUAUCUGUUGGCUCGUCUCCCUUUCAUACACGCAUGGAAUAUCAUACAAAAAUUAGUUUUGUAUGAUAUUAUCUGUGCAACUAUGGCCACGUCUUUGUUUAAAUGUAGUUCUGAAGCACUACUGAUACAAGUGAUACGGUUUUAAGCUUCUUCAUUUGUGAACUGACCUUAUUUUUAACAUACCAAGGCCAACCUCAGAGCUACUGUAUAAACUCAACAAGAUGUUCAGGGAGUCACUCCGAAUUUGUAUACUGGGUGUGGGCAGGAGCGAGAGGCCUAACUGGGUGUGGCCAUGACAUAAAAGGACAUGGUCGGGUGUUGAAAAACCAGAAAUCACCAGUGGUAUGUUGGCAUCCGUGAAACUGUAUUUGUGAGUAUCGCUUGCAAGUCUGAUGAGGCCAAAGUGACUCUUUCACUGAAUAAUUAUCAUUAUCUGUCAUUCUACUAACCUUAUGUGUUGAACUGAGAGUCCAGAAGAUUUCUUUAAUACUUAAAAAAUUAUAAUUUUGCA